CCACCCACACCCGCACCCAUACCCCCUUCCCUCACACACGCACACACACACACACACACACACUUACACACACACACACAUACACCUCCCAUCCACCCACAUACAUCGAAAGUAUGAACAGGGGGCGGGACAAGAAGCCCAAGAAGAAGCGGCGCAAGAAGGCUGAUCCGUUUGAUCCGGCGAGCUGGGCUGAUCGGCCGGCAUCGGCACAUCUGCUGCAAAAGGCCAAGUUUCCCGAGACUGCGCCGGUGGUCGAGCAGCUGGCUCUUGGUGCCGAUGUCAACGCCAUCGAUGGCGAGGGCAAGUCGGCGCUGCACUGGACAGCUGUGCUGGGCAACACAGAGGUGGCAGAGACAUUGCUUGCGGUCGAUGGGGUCAAUGCUGACAUUCCGGAUGAGUAUGGAUGGACACCGCUGCAUCUGGCUGUUGCCAACAAUCAUCCGCGCAUCAUCGACUCUCUGCUCAACGCCGGUGCUGCCGUCAACGCCACCACCCCGUCCAACGAAACCGCCCUGGACAUGGCCGUUGCCAAUGAUGUCCAAGCUGUCAUCGACCGUCUGGUAGAAGCCGGCGCUAUGACCCACGACAAGGUUGUCGCAGCCGAAGAGGCCGCCGCCGCCAAAUCGCGAGGCCGUCGUCGUCGUUGACCCCCUCCCUCCCAUCACGACGGACACUGCUGUCCUCUGGUGGCACAGCAGCUACCCUCCGCCCCCCUCGUCCCCCUUCCCCCGAUAACACCGUCAUCACUCACUCCUA